CCCUGCAGAUCAGAAGCUGAGCUCUCCUGAGCACACAUACUGGCAGAGCAGGCUCCUUAACCCUCACCAUGCUUCCUAUGGACUCCUGGCCACACUCUCUUCACUGUGUCCUGCUGCUGACCCUGCUGCUGGGACUUACAGGAGCAGCUACGCGGGAGCUAAAGGUGAUUCAGCCUGAGAAAUCAGUUUCUGUCCCUGCUGGAGAGUCAGUCACUCUGAACUGCAUUGUGACCUCCCUGCUCCCUGUGGGGAAAAUAAAGUGGUUCAGGGGUACAGGACAAAGUCGGCAUCUUAUAUACAGUUUCACAGGAGAGCAGUUCCCCAGAGUCACAAAUCUCACAGAUACUACAAAGAGAAACAACCUGGACUUCUCCAUCCGUAUCAGUAACGUCACCCCUGCUGAUGCUGGCACCUACUACUGUGUGAAGUUCCAACCUGACACAUCAGAGCUUGGAAAAGAGCUUCUGUCUGGGGGAGGCACCACAGUGUAUGUGCUUGCAAGGCCAUCCCCUCCUGUGGUCUCAGGACCUGCAGCCCGAGCUCUACCUCAGCAGAUAGUGACCUUCACAUGCAAGUCUUAUGGAUUCUCCCCUCCAAAUAUCACACUGAAGUGGUUCAAAAAUGGAAAAGAGCUCUCUCCCUUCAAAACUACUGUUGACCCCAAAGGAGAAGGAGUCUUCUACAAUGUCUCCAGCACAGCCCAGUUAGUGCUGGGACCCAGGGAUAUUCAUUCUCAGAUCAUCUGCGAGGUGACCCAUGUCACUGUGCAAGGAAACCCUCUCUAUGGGACUUCCAGCUUGUCUGACAUCAUCCGAGUUCCACCCACCCUGGAAGUCAGCCAGCACCCAACAGUGAUAUUGAAUCUGAUAAAUGUCACCUGUCAAGUGAAGAACUUUUAUCCCUUGAACCUUCUGUUGACCUGGAUAAAGAACAGAAACAUGUCUCAGACAGAAGGGGAUUCUGCAUUCACUGUAAAUAAGGAUGGAACCUACACACGGACCAGCUGGCUUUUGGUGAACAUACAUGCCGAUGAGGAGGACAUGGUACUCACAUGCCUUGUUGAGCAUGAUGGACAGCCAACAGUCAUGAAAUCCCACACUGUGGUGGUCCAUGCACAUCAGAGGGAGCAAGAAUUGAAGUCUUCAGAUUCUGGUAAAGUCCUUGUAGCUGUGUUCUUUGGACCCAAACUGCUGCUGGUAAUUGGAGUGUUUGCUGUGUACAGGUUCAAGAAGCAGAAGGCCUGACGACAGAUUCCACUGUGCAGCAUUGUCUGUCCCAGGACUCACUGUAUAGACCAGGCUGGCCUCGAAUUUACAGAGAUCCACCUGCUCUGACUACCAAGUGGUGGGAUUAAAGUUGUGCACCACCAUUCCAUGGUCUACCUCUUAUUCUUAUCACAAGAUCUUUAUCAACUGUGUGAAAAACAAUCUGAACCUCUCUUCCUAGUCUGAAAUUUCCCUUUUUGUAUACAUCUGCCUGUUUAUAAUCCAUUCCCUUGGAGUUGACCAUCACUGCUCACUUUAGUUCACAUUCUCUGGUGCUCUACUGGCUCUUAAACUCCCAACCUAUUGAUGUUCUCUGUUGAUCUGUAUCAUAAUCUUAGGAAUAAAAAUUAUUCUCAUCCCUAUUUCUCUGAAA